AUGCGACCUACAACGAUUACUCGAGUUGCUGGCCUCAACAGGCUAAAGGCUUGCGCUCGCAAUGGAGCUGGUCGUAGGUACCUGACCAUGCUGAAUCCGCCGAAAUUUGAAAACGAAAAGAUGUUUGAUUACGCCAAAGGGUCACCGGAAAGAGCAUUGCUCACCAAGACCAUUCAGCAACUCAAGAGUGAAUUCCCAGUCACCAUUCCCCUCAAGAUCAAUGGCACCGAGAUCGAAACAAAAGAGUCCCGAACUCAAUUAAACCCUUCGAAGCACAGUGAGAUUAUUGCCAACUACGCAUCUGCCACGCCCGAGCAAGUCAAUGCGUCCAUUGAUGCUGCGAUCAAAGCUAAGCCCGCUUGGGAGGCUACGCCAUUUGAAGACCGCGCAGCAAUCUUCCUGCGUGCUUCCGAGUUGGUAACUGGGAAAUACCGCUCCGAGAUAGUCGCGGCGACCAUGCUUGGCCAAGGCAAGAAUAUCUGGCAAGCUGAGAUUGAUGCCGCUGCGGAGACGGCUGAUUUCUUCCGUCACUACAUACACGAGGCCUGGGCAUUAUUUGCCCAGCAGCCAAAGGUCCAUCUUGAUGGACACUGGAAUAAGAUGGAGUAUCGCCCUCUGGAAGGCUUCACCUACGCAAUUGCUCCUUUCAACUUCACCGCGCUUGGAGCUACAUUGAUCGGCCCCGCUGCCCUGCUUGGUAACGUGGUUAUCUGGAAGCCCUCAGAUUCCGCACUGCAUGCUAGCUGGCUGCUUCAUAAGAUCUUGAUUGAAGCUGGUCUUCCCAAAGAUGUUAUCCAGUUCCUUCCCGGCGAUGCCGAAGAAGUCACCAACACUGUUCUCAAGCGGCCCGAGUUCGGAGCAUUGACCUUUAUCGGUGCUACCGCCACAUUUAAAGGCAUUCAGAAGAAGAUUGGCGACGGUGUCGGUCAGGGCAUCUAUAAUUCCUACCCGCGAGUUGUCGGUGAAACCGGCGGCAAGAACUGGGGUGUUGUUCAUCCCUCCGCAGACGUGCGAAGCGCAGCUUUGAACACAAUCAGGGCCGCUUUCGAAUAUCAAGGCCAGAAGUGCUCCGCAAACUCACGCGUGUAUGUCGCAGAGUCUGUGUGGCCCGAAUUCCAAAAGGUCCUGGCCGAAGAAACUGCCGCCUUGAAGGUGGGAAAUGUCGAAAACUACGGGAACUUUGUCAACCCCGUCAUCCACGAGCGUUCGUUCGACAAGCUGAGCGGAUUUAUUGAAAAAGCCAAGACGGAUUCCGAAUUGGAGUUGGUUGUCGGCGGCAAAGCGUCCAAGGAAGAAGGAUAUUACGUGCACCCUACCGUGUAUCGCACCUCCAACCCUCGCCACGAUAUCAUGUCACAAGAGCUAUUUGGACCGAUCUUGGGUGUUUAUGUUUAUCCAGAUGCCGAGUGGGAACAAACCUUGAAACUCAUUGAUACUACUUCGCGAUACGGCCUUACGGGAAGUAUUUUCGCCAAGGAUCCAUAUGCUAGCCGUCAGGCUCAGACGAGCCUUAAACAUGCCGCUGGUAUGCUUUAUUUGAACACCAAGUGCACUGGAUCAACCGUCGCCCAGCAGCCCUUUGGUGGUAGCCGAGAUUCUGGCACUAAUGACAAGACUGGAACCAUGGCUCAUCUUCAGAGGUUUGUUAGCACUCGGACUAUCAAGGAGGAGUUUGUCCCUCUGGGAAAAGUAACCUAUCCCUCAAACGAGGUAUAG